AUGUUAAAAGCAGGUAGCGCCGCUGGACGGCACCAUGAUGCCAUUCAUGCUCAGCUGCAGUGCUCAAGCAUGCGAUCGUCUUCGCAGCAAGCCACGCAAUGGGUGCCGAUUCGAGACAUGGCUGGGGAAGGCCAUGUUGAGGUGAACUUGGCAGACGAGGCGUCGUUCCCGGUUUGUGAUCGAAGCAUAGGUAUCGGCACAAAGACUGCCAUCAAUGAAGCAGAGUUCCCGAAUUGGGAAGAGAUUCCUGGCAUGGACCAAAUUGUUCGCGAGGCGCAGAGCUUGAGACCUCCUCGAGGGCUGAGGAACCUUGGCGACCUCUUCUAUUCAUCCCGGCCACAGGAGUUGGGAUGGGUGAGGACUGAAUGUGUCAUCGACACCAUUCAGGCAACAGCGUACCUGGGUCAAGCCAUCGUCUUUCUUUACAAGGCCAUCGACUACCAGAGCAUCAAGACUCCACUCAGGUGUUACGAUUUCUCCCCCAGUGGCUGCGCUGCCAGUGUGGCUGGCUUCGUGACAUCCAUCACUUGGGUCGCCACCUACCUCUCCUUUGCGGCGAAUGCUUGUGCCCAGGCGGUGAACUCGGACGCCAUUUGUGUUGGCGACUUCCUUGCCCUGAUGGCCAACUUUGGUGAGAUCGCUUCUGCCGGCGCCGCGGUAAAGGAUGAUUGCAAACCCGGCCUGCGCAGCAACCUGGACCUCAUUACCAAUCGCCCGCGAGUCACUCACGACUGGGCGCAGUUCAUUCCAGCAGCAGCUGCCCCGACUGCCGGGCUGAUCGUUGCUAUCAAGCACAACCGAACGCUGAGCCGCAAUCGUGCAUUUGACAUCACUCAGUGCGUCAUGGACGUGACCAACAUGCUCUCGUUCAUUGUCCGGGCAUUGCUGCAGGUGCGUGUGGCGGCGGCAUCCUGCCCACAGCCUAGGGCCUGCGCCAUGGACAUAAUGAAUGUCAUAUCGACCUUCAUGUGGAUCUCUCGGUUCACUGCCUUGGCCAUCACCGACUGUUCCGUAGGCGGAAGCCGGAAGGCCCUUUGUGCUGCUGAUAUCACCAACAUGGUUGCCGCAGUGUCGAACGGUCCUGCUGCAGGAAUUGCCACGACUUCGGACUGCGCGGAUGUGACAGUGUCCGACGAGCUGAAAGAUGUCGUUGCGAGAUCCGGCGACCCAGACCUAGUAUCUGCUUUGACUCCCGAGCUGCCAGACCAGCACUUGGCAAAGCUACCACAGUGCAGUUUCUGCGCAGAGAUCCGUGAUUAUGUCUUUGCCAAGGCUGUUCGAACGAAAGCAACUCUCUUCUUCUGGCAGAAUCUUGGCUCAGCCACUUCGGUUGUCUUUCUUACAAAGCGGCUCCAAGCCAUGCAUGUGCUGGACUUGCAGGGCCGUGGCCGGGCUUCGGGUUUCCAGCGGCAUGAUGUCAGAACACAGGCGCGCCAAACCUGGCAGGAUGCAUCUCGCCUCCUAGGGGAUGCCUCUGCCCCAGGGCCUUUGAAGUCGGUGAAUUCGUUGAUCAACGCAUGUGGCAAAGCACAGCACUGGGCCCUUGCCCUGGCUGUGCUGGGAAGUUUGCCUGCAUGGCGUCUGCAUCCGGACAUCUUUAGUUUCGGUGCCGCCAUCUCUGCAUGCAAGAGAGUGGAGCAGUGGGGGCAUGCUGUUCGUCUCUUGGUGAAUUUGGAAGCAGAGGGAUUGCAAGGGGAUGCCAUCACUCACAGCAGUGCCAUGGCGGCUUGUGAGAAGGCCUCUGAGUGGACGGCUGCAUUGUUGCUGUUCUCAGAUCUGACGGCCAAGACUAUUGAGGGGGACGUAAUCACCUACAACUCCGCAAUCAGUGCCUGUGAGAAAGGGCUGCAGUGGCCUCAGGCACUUCAGGUCCUCGUCGAGCUUGAAGGCAGCCAGCUUCAACCAACCCUGAUCACUUUCACUUCUGUGAUCAGUGCCUUUGAGAAGGGUGACCAGUGGCACCUGGCCUUGGAUUUCUUCACCAGGCUUGAGAGCGCUCGCAUGCAAGGAGACGUCAUCGCCUACUCCUCGGCCAUUGCGGCAUGUGAGAAAGGCGGGCAAUGGUCUUUAGCUUUGCUGUUCUUCUCGAAAAUGUACCAAGAGCGCAUCAGCUCAAACAUCAUCACCUUCAAUUCGACCAUGAGUGCACUUGGUACUGGGGGCGAGUGGCAGCGCACUCUGGCACUCUUUACCGAGCUCUCUCAACAGAAACUGCAGGCCGACGCAAUCACCUACAAUGCGGCCAUGAGGGCCUGUGAAGAAGGCGGCGAGUGGGCGAUUGCCUUGAGCUUGCUUGAGAAACUGGAAGCUCAGGAGCUGCAGAGUACUGUGGUGACCUACAAUACCGCCAUAAGCUUGUGCAAGGAUGCAGAUCAAUGGCCCAUGGCCCUUCAUCUCCUGGGGAAGAUGACGGAGAAGGAGCUCCAGGCAGAUGUGAUCACGUACAGCGCAGCCAUCAGUGCCUGUGAAAAAGGCCACGAGUGGCAGAUGGCUCUUGCAUUGCUGGCUGAGAUCCCACACAGAAGCAUCCAGGGCAACGUGAUCACCUACAGCUCUGCGAUGAGUGCCUGUGAGAAGGGUGGCGAGUGGACCUGGGCUCUGCACCUGCUCAGCGACUUCUACCGUUCAGGCUUGGAGGCCAAUGUGAUCACCUACAACGUGGUUCUGUUCGCCUGUGCCAAGGGUGAGCAGUGGCAGCAAGCUCUGUACUUCCUGUCGGAGUUGACUUCGGCUGGCUUGCAGAGCACGGUGCUCACCUUCAAUGCCGCAAUGGCGGCAUGCACGAGCCAUGGCUUUUGGCAGCAAGCUUUAAGCUUGUUGUCUUCCUUGCUGCACAGGGGCAUGGAGGGAGAUGUAAUUACCUUCAGCACUGCACUCAAUGCAUGCGCUUCGGGGCAGCAGCGGCGACGGGCUGUCCCACUCAUGGCAGAACUCCAGGACAGAGCAUGGAAGGCAGGCUGUGAAGUGGCAAAAAGCUUACAGGCUCUCUCUUUGUUUCUUGCAGCUGGCGUCACGUGGCACGAUGGUGUGAAGGGUUUCAUGUUGCUGACGGCCGGCAUUGGCUCACAGCGCCACACGUUCUAG